AUGGCGAAGACGAAGGGCACCUCAAAGCCGGGGAAGACCACUGCCUCGGCCGCCAAGGAGAAUCCCCAGCCAGCAGCUCGGAAGGCGCGCGAGAAAGGGAGCCCGCCGGCGGGUCCCAAACGGAAAGUGGAGGUCGCGUGGGCUGCGAAGAAGAACCAUUACCUCACCGACGCGCUGCUCACCAGCAUUGAAGACCGCCCUUCCAUCAAGAUGGCCCUUGGCUUCGCGAAGGGCGAUGAUGUCACCGGUGCUUCGAAAACCGGCGGCGGGGACUCUGUCGACACGCAGUAUGAGCGGCUCGCCCGGGAACUGUUCUUGAACCAGUACCCUGCGCUCAACAAGACAGAAGCCCACGUUCCGAAGCUUGGAACGUCAGUGAAGAACCGGGUAGACAGCUUGAAGAAGAUGUACCGUGGUCACCGCAAGGCUAUCGGUGAGACAGGUGCAGGCCUCAUCAGCGGUGACAAGGAGAAUGAGAUCAUUCCGGGCUCUGAGCUGGACAACAUGUGGCAACAAAUUCAGACAAAUUUCCCGUGGUACAAGCGGAUGGACGUGCUCAUGCGCAACCAUCCGUCUGUCUGUCGGGACUCAGUGGCUAACAGCACAACGUCUGCCAACACGAGUGUGCUUGAUUCCUCCUUGUCAAAUACUGGGACCCGUGGUCAUCGUGAGCAGAGCGACGAUGAGUCGUCAUCGGAUGACGAGGACGAUUCCUCGUCAUCUGACGAUGAUGAGCCAGCUCAUAUGCCUGUACGGCUUGCUUCCAAGGCACCUGCGCCCUCUAUGUCUGCUCCACCUCAGUCUGCUCAGAAGCGUAAGAUCAACGAGUUGUUCAGCCAAGUUUCAGAACUUGCUGCUGAGAACCGUGAUCAACGCCAGAAGAUGGCUGAGAUGAAGGAGAUGGAGAGGACCAAGCGCGAUGUGAAGAAGGCCAAGCUCAAGGCUGAUGCUGAGCUACUUCUUGACCAGCGCAUGUUAGAGCUUCAAAUUCGUCUUGCAGAAACUCAGCGCAAUGGUCCCCCUGCUGCUCAACCGCCGGCAUGGUUUGAUCCUUCACUCCAGUAA